AUGCCGCUGGAUUUGAAGCUACUUAAGGGCAUAUGGCAUGAGGUGGCCCGUUUCCCCAAGUCAAGUGCCGUAAACUGCUUGACGGUGGAGUUUCCGGAGAGUGCGAGCCGAGAACUGAAAAUAAAGUUGUCCUACGUAAGCCACAUUGGUCGCAAGGUUAAAAGGGCCGAGGACACAGCUACAUUUCCCAUGGACGCUCUCACCAAUAACAGCAUAUUUCAGACGACAUAUCAGAUGCGCGAUAUGAAAACAUUUUUGCGUUAUGUGGUAGUCUAUAACGAUUACUUAAAUUUAUCCUUGGUUUGUGGCAUUUCACCAAUCACACCCUCCGUCAUGGUAAAAAUGUUUUCGCGUAACAAAACAAUGGACUCCAAAAUCAAGGAUUUAGUAAAUCAGCAACUGGAGAAAACUCCACUGAAACGGGGCUUUAUGUGGCUGGAUAAUUCUAACUGUGAUAGAGCAAUCUGCAUAAAUGUCAGCCCAAGAAUUAUUCUAACGCUUACUAUUGCAUUUGCACUCUUAAAUCAAUACACAACUUGA